AUGAACCCAGGCGCUCCCGGCUACCCGAUGGCCUCGCUGUAUGUCGGGGACCUCCAUCCCGAUGUGACCGAGGCCAUGCUGUAUGAGAAGUUCAGCCCGGCCGGGGCCAUCCUCUCCAUCCGAGUCUGCCGAGACAUGAUCACCCGCCGCUCGCUCGGCUACGCCUACGUCAACUUCCAGCAGCCGGCGGACGCUGAGCGUGCUUUGGACACAAUGAACUUUGACGUGAUCAAGGGCAGGCCUGUCCGCAUCAUGUGGUCUCAGCGUGACCCUUCGCUGAGGAAGAGUGGAGUUGGCAACAUCUUCAUCAAAAACUUGGACAAGUCUAUUGACAACAAGGCCCUUUACGACACAUUCUCUGCUUUUGGCAACAUCUUGUCCUGUAAGGUGGUUUGUGAUGAAAAUGGCUCAAAAGGUUAUGGCUUUGUACACUUCGAGACCCAGGAGGCAGCUGAAAGGGCCAUUGAGAAAAUGAAUGGCAUGUUGCUCAAUGACAGAAAAGUGUUUGUGGGGCGCUUCAAAUCUCGCAAAGAACGUGAGGCUGAGCUUGGAGCCAGAGCAAAGGAGUUUACCAACGUCUACAUCAAAAACUUUGGGGAAGAUAUGGAUGAUGAGAAACUGAAGGAGGUCUUUAGCAAAUAUGGCAAUGCCAUGAGCAUCCGCGUGAUGACUGACGACACCGGCAAAUCCAGAGGCUUUGGCUUCGUGAGCUUUGAGAGGCAUGAGGAUGCUCAGAAGGCUGUGGAUGAAAUGAAUGGAAAAGAACUCAACGGGAAGCUGAUCUAUGUCGGUCGUGCCCAGAAGAAGGUGGAGCGUCAGAUCGAACUCAAGCGCAAGUUCGAGCAGAUGAAGCAGGAUCGUAUGACCCGUUAUCAGGGUGUCAAUCUCUAUGUGAAAAACUUGGAUGAUGGCAUCGAUGAUGAACGUCUGCGCAAAGAGUUCUCUCCUUUUGGAACGAUCACCAGUGCCAAGGUUAUGAUGGACGGAGGCCGCAGUAAGGGCUUCGGUUUUGUCUGCUUUUCGUCCCCUGAAGAGGCCACCAAGGCUGUGACUGAGAUGAAUGGGCGAAUCGUGGCUACAAAGCCGCUCUACGUGGCCCUGGCACAACGUAAAGAGGAGCGCCAGGCCCACCUGACUAACCAGUACAUGCAGAGGAUGGCCAGUGUACGUGCUGUGCCCAACCCAGUCCUCAACCCGUACCAGGCUGCCCCGCCAUCCGGAUACUUCAUGGCUGCCAUUCCACAGGCACAGAACAGAGCUGCAUACUACCCUACAAGUCAACUGGCUCAGCUCCGACCAAGCCCACGUUGGACUACCCAGGGUGUCAGACCUCAAAACUUCCAGAACAUGCAAGCCACCAUGAGGCCAUCAGCUCCCCGGCCUCAGACAUUUGGUGCCAUGAGGCCUGCCUCACAGGUGCCCCGCAUGAUGUCUACUCAGCGUGUUGCUGCGCAGACAAUGGGCCCACGGCCUGCGACUGCUGCAGCUGCUGCUGCCGCAGCUCCAGUGCGCAGCGUGCCACAGUACAAAUAUGCUGCAGGAGUGCGCAACCCACAGCAGCACAUGAACACUCAGCCUCAGGUCUCAAUGCAGCAGCCUGCUGUGCAUGUGCAGGGGCAGGAGCCUCUCACAGCCUCCAUGUUGGCUGCGGCACCUCCGCAGGAGCAGAAGCAGAUGCUGGGUGAGCGUCUCUUCCCACUGAUCCAGAACAUGCAUCCCACCCUGGCGGGGAAAAUCACCGGCAUGCUGCUGGAGAUCGACAACUCCGAGCUGCUGCACAUGCUGGAGUCUCCAGAGUCUCUGCGCUCCAAGGUUGAUGAGGCAGUUGCUGUGCUCCAGGCUCACCAGGCUAAGGAAGCCGCUCAGAAAAAUGUGACCAACUCUGCUGGUGUGCCAAGCGUCUAAGCCGAGGGGCGGAACUUAAACUUGCUUCACCGAGGGGGGAACAUCUUAAACGUUGAAAAAACACAAAACAUUGCAAAAAGAUUUAAAAUAAUUUUAAAAAAAGGAAAAAAACCGAACUAGACUCUGCCAGGUCUAGAGAAGAACGCUAGGCCUAGUCAAUUUAAAAAAAAGAAAAAAUGAAAAAUGGAAAAAGUAAAAAAUGUAAAAUCUGGUGUUUUAAAGAAAUUCCAUAAAAAAUAGGGAAAUAUAGCCCUAUAGCAUUCCUUAUUUUACUCCUUUUAUUUUGGGAAAGCCCGGUAUGUCCUGGGAGGGGAGGUGAGGACGGAUUUACGCCGGCGUUUGUGAAAGUUCUCAUUGAAAAUAUGCUUGCUCAAUAAAGUAAUUAAAAUAUCUGCA